AUGGCCAGUGAGACACCAAGAUUAGAUCCAAGAGAGAUCAGUCAGACACAUGUUCCAGUUUUUAGACUGAUAGCACAAAUUAAAUCGAAAUCAAGCGAUAGCAUAUUGAUUUUAAAUUCACCAACGGUUGAAAAUGAGAUGAUAACUUUAGAUAAUGUACGUGUUUCCAGUACGAGUAUAAACUUCGAGAUUGAUUCGUGGUAUGAGUUUGUGUGUAGGUCCAGUGAUGAUGGUGAGACCGGGUUCUUAGUUCUUGAUGCUGUGCCAUGUAAGUUACAAGAAGGUGAGAAUAUUAGUAUAAAUGGUAUAGUUCAAUUACAAAAUUUAUCGAAGAAAUUUCCUGAAAUUUAUUGA